AUGCAAGCCGACGGCGUGCCAACGCUGCAGCAAUCGGCUCCGCCCAAGCGAGGACAGGGCCAACACCAACAACAACAACAACAACAACAACAACAACAACAACAACAACAACAACAACAACAACAACAACAACAACAACAACAACAACAACUCCCGUUGACACUCCCCUGCCCCGUUUGCGCUUGGGCCCUCAGCCCCAACGGCAGCACUUCUCGGAGAAUAGCUCGUCGAUCGUGA